AAGUAUCUGUCGAGGAGUGGCCAUGAGACAGGGAGUUUACUGGAACAGGUGUGUGCCGAUUCACUUUCCUUUUCCUCCAGCUCCUCAGUUUGACUCUGAAUUUCAGCAGAUGCUGGUUGCAUGCAGCACUCGAAACCAUGUGGGGUUCAAGAAAUGGGAGCCUUUCUUAUGACCAGUAUCCCGAAGCUGGGCCGGAGCAUCCUCCUCCUGCCAUCUGCAACCCUCAACUCAAACAGGCUGGUUCAAGAGUGGCUCUCUUUAAAUACACUCCACCGUGGCAGGUCUUCUGUGCAGCUCUGGGGUCCAAGUUGCAGAAUCGACAAAGCCCAGUUGUUGAUGCAAAUAUUUCUCAAGAAAACUGGAUGACCCAAGAGAUCCCAAUCACUAACGGACAUCUUCCACAAACUGAAGACAACCUCUAUGAAAUCUCUCUUCCAAAUAUGAAGUCCAGCACCAGGGACAUUCCCUUCAAUUCCCCCCAGAACACAGAGCUCGGUUAUGAAGAUCAACAUGAGCAGAGUGGUCAAGAAGUGGUCUUACAACAAGAAAUGAGAUCUGAGGACAAAGAAGGUGAGAUUCUUGACUUGGGUCAACCCGAGUUGAAGGUUGAAAAUGGAUGGAAGAUGUUAGAUCCCACAGAAGAUCAGUCCUGGUGCAUAACCAAAACUAUAAAUAGAAGGACAGAUCACUGGAUGCCAUCCCCAGAUAGAGAAUCCAAGUUGGAAGUGCUCAGAUCUGGCUCACACUAUGACAUCCGGGCUUACAAAGGGGAGAAGAAACCUUCCAGACUCUAUGAAGAAGAUGAUGAGGAGUUGCAGUAUAAGAUUCCCUCCAAAGAUGUCUCGCCAGAAAUAGCCAAAGAACUGGAAGAUGAACGGCAGGAGGUUAUCAGGAGACAAGUUGUGAGAAAAAGCAACACAAUGGCAGAAAAAUGGAGCUCUACAAAUGAGUUGGAAGCCAUCGACAUGUCCUCUCUUGGCAAGGUGACCACAGAACCCAGAAAGAACAACUCCACUAGCUUUGCUCUUUGUUUUGACAAUCUUUCCCCAGAUUGGACAAUCAUCCCUGUGAAUCCUGAGAAUAUAGACACAGAACAGAUAAAUUUUGCUGCUGCACGACAGCAGUUUCUCACACUGGAAAAGACUAAUCCAAAGAUGUUGUUGGAACCCAAGAGAUACGUUCCUUCUCCAAGGGAGCUGAAGGCAACAAGCCAUGCUUAUUGGAGCAAAGAACCCCAGAAUCCUGAAAUGCCAAGGAAUGAUAAGGAAUUAGAUGAGUCCAGCCAGAGACAAUUGAGACAAAACUCAAUAGGAGGAGACCUUUUCGUUCUCCCCCAAAGAAAAGCCAGUUCUUAUUUAGGGACCACUUUCGUUUCUGCAGAAAAGAUGCCCUCUGGCUUGGAGGUUGAUAUGAGCACAGGGAACGUUAAUGAGAGGACAUUCGAGAAAGAAUCAGGAAAUCCUCUGGCCAAAAGCCAAGAUCCUGCAAAAGAGCCAGAAGUUUGGAAUGAGACUCCCAUUGAGCGGGAAAUCAGAUUGGCCAUGGAGAGAGAAGAGAACCUUUGGAAGGAGAGGGGGAUCCAGCGAAUUAAUACCAGAGAUGAUCUGGUGGAGAUCCGAUCCAAGCCGCUCCUCUCCUCCCCAGUCUCUUCUCCGGCUUCCUCCAGGAAAGGGAAGGAUAAAUCUCACAUUUCCUUUUAUGUCCAGAGGGAGAUUGAACAGGAAGCCAAGCGUGAGGAGGACCUGCAAAAGGAAGGGAGGUUGCUGGGAAUGUAUGACCGAGGACUUCGCCAAGAGCUUGCAGAACGUCGGAAACUUUUUGAGCGAGAAGAGGAAGAGGUUCCCUUACCUUCUCUGGGCAAACAAAAGAAACAGAGGGAGCUGCUGGAGACCUUCCAUGGAGACUCUGCAACACUCUGUUGCAACGUUGUCCCACCUGGAGAGGGGAUUGCAAGCCAGAAUGUGAACUGGAGCUCGGAGAUCCAUCGGCCCUCUUCAGUUCCAACUUUUGGCAAGAAAACCCCAGGAAAUGAGCCAUCCUUAAAAACAUGCUCCACUGCUUCUUCCCCGAAGAUGGAUUUCCCUACUAGCCGAUGUCCUCCCUGUAGCCAAGAUUUGAAAGCUCCAAGAGACAAGUUCGUGUUAAAGAAGCAACAUUUUGCCAUUCCGGUUCACAAAUGCCAGUUCUCUUUUCCUGAAGAUCAGGGACCCCAAAGCCUUCAGAGAAAAGAGCAGAAACUGCAGAAACCAGCUCCACGAGAAGAGCUUUAUACUGUGAAGACAUGGCGGCCCCGGACGUCCAUUCUGAUUGACCAGGAGAUCCAGGAUUCUUUGCAGAGAGAACUGGAACUUCAAGAGCAGAGGAGAAAAAUCAGUUUGACUGCACAGGAGCUCCCAAGUUCAUGGGUGUCAUCAUCUCAAAGUUCAGCUGCAUCGGGAGAUACUGGCAGGUACUCUGUCUCCUCUUCACCUGUUUUUGUUCCUAAUUCACCUGUGAGAUUACCUACUUCACCCAUCCUGUAUCGACCCAGUCUGACAACAAACUCCGCUGAAUCAAAUUUUAGAAGUUGCCAAAGUCCAAGACAAUCCAGGAUAAGACUGAAGGAGGAUGGGAAGUAUGCUGGUAUUGAACUCAACGAUGAGAUUGACACUGAGGUUGUGAAAUCCAUCAAGCCCAUCUGCCGGAGGAGCGCCCUGGCUCAGCUUUGGGAAACGGGGCAGAUCCGGAACAUAGAUGACAGUGACUGAUGGAACCAUCCCCCCGUUGUGUUAUGCAAUUUUCAAGCAAGGAAUCAGAUCCGCCAAAACAACUACGGGCAUGGGGCCAGCAGAGCUUUCUUCUGCAUUUUACACACUGAAAACUUCCCUUCCCUUCUCUUUUAAUUUAAUUCAGUGAUCAAAUCUUUCUGACUGACCUACAUUCAAUCACAGAACUGUUUCUUCAAUUAUAAGAAGUUGCCCAUGGCACUGUACGGUCUGAUCUUGCCAACAGUUUCUGGGGUACCCAUUUCUAUCUCAAGCCUGCUACCAGAUUGGGCACCUGCCUGCCAUUUUCUUAAGACUCGGAUCGCCUGAAAUCCAGAGAAAAGCUUUGUAAAAUCAGAGAACAUGACUGCCAAGCAAUAUUUUAAUCUCUGUACUUUACAGUGAAGCACUGACUGGGGAAAAAUAAAAAGGCGGCAAGAAGAACAGAAACCAACCAACCAACCGAUAGACAGAAUACAGCAUUGAAAUGAAUUUCUCAUCUUCUGGUGCAUGGGCUUCCUCAUCUCUUAAAUUUUAACUUCUUAGGAAUAUCUCAAUAGUUGGACACUGGGCAAAUAGGUUGCAUCUCUGUGUAGAGCCAAGGUGGCACAGUGGUUAGAGUGCAAUACUGCAGGCUACUUCAGCUGACUGCUAGCUGCAGUUUGGCAGUUCAAAUCUCACCGGCUCAAGGUUGACUCAUCCUUCCGAGGUGGGUAAAAUGAGGACCCAGAUUGUUGGGGGAAAUAUGCUGACUCUGUAAACCGCUUAGAGAGGGCUGUAAAAGCACUAUGAAGCGGUAUAUAAGUGCUAUUGCUAUUGCUAUUAUGUUUCUGUGCAUAUUGUGUCCUGAUUUAUUGAGAGCACUAAAACUCCCAGUUGGAAAGACUGGGAAUUCUGGAAAUUGCAUUGCCAAUGAAUCUAGAACAGGGGUGUCAAACUUCAUUUCAUUGAGGGCCACAUUAGGGUUGUGUUUGAUCUCAGGGGGCUGGGGUGGGCGUAGCCAGCUCGACGUCGGGGGCGCCUGUGAUGGCCCAGGUGCUCUGCCAGCGAAAAUGGGCUCCCGAGAUCCAUUUUCAGCUGUGACAACCUCCUGCAACCCUCUGCCAGCGAAAAUAGAGCUCUGGAGGGGCAGUCCUCCCGAGCUCUGUUUUCACUGGCAGAGGCACCGUGGGCCAGUCCUUCGCUGUUUCCAGGGCAGCCCCUCAGGUCAGAUCUAAGCACCCCGCGGACCGGAUCUGGCCCCCGGCCCUUGAGUUUGAAACCCCUGAUCUAGAAGAUACAAAGUUAAGGAAGACUAGUUUACAGGCAGGCAAGUGCGUGUCAGAUUAACUUUGCUCUGCUUUGCCAGUCACGCCCUCUUAAUUUAUGGUUCAGUGUAUUGUGCAACCCUCCAAAAAUGGAUUAAGCAGGUAACAUGAAGACAGGAUCGUACGAAGCUGUGUGCAUUAGCAGCAGCAGCUGAAAGUUUCAAAGGGAGUCCUUGUUUCUUUGCAAGGAAAAAUAUAGCCAUGGACCUCCUGCAUUUUGUAUAUUAUUAUAGUGCUUCCCAAUAGAGAGUGCCUAACCUUUUCUAUCUAAAGACAUUCUGCAGGUAUUCCCAUUCUGUCAACAGAUUUUCUGGCGUAAGAAAAAAGACCGAAAAGCUAGAAGAUUAGACUUCGCCUACUCAUGCAAUAAUCUUGUCUCCAUUAUGGCUUUAUAAGAGGUCCAAGGCAUUUUCCACUCAUUUGUCAUCUUUUUCACAUGACUUCUUCCAUCUCUUUUCUUGCCUCAUGAACAAAAUGUUAAUGUGGGGAAAAUGGGAUUGUAGCAAAAGAAAAAUCAACGAUACUUAGGUUAAACAGAUUUGCAUUAAGUUGUUCAUGCAGGAGGAACUUAACAUUCUCCCAAAUGAAUAAAAGUAAGAAAAACUA